AUGUCCUUUACUCUUUUCCACAGGAUUCGAGUGGCUGCCAAGAAAGCGGUCCUGAAAACGCUGAAACUAUAUGAACCCUUUGAACUUCACUGCAUGCAACGGUAUACGUUCAUUGAAUUCCAGCAUAUCACUGCGAACACACGUGUUAAUACGAAUGAUGAUAAGGACGACAUCCUGUUGAUCCUCAUCAACGGCAACAUGGCACCUCUUUGGCUGGACGGGAUUGACGCCACCGAAGACAUGGAUUGCCCUGCUAUCUGUGGCGACAUAUGGCCACUGCUGCAGGAUGAAAUCGCUCUGUUCAGGACAGUUCUUGAGCCUCUGGCGGACACACCGGCUUCCGGACCAAGUACUAGUCUGCUCUCUUAUCUCGACGACCUGGCAACGCUCACGGAGAUCGUGGCAGAGGAAGGCGCGGAAGAGGAAGGCGCGGAAGAGGAAGGCGCGGAAGAGAAAGGCGCGGCAGAGGAAAGGACGGCAGGGGCGGAAGUCGCUAUGCUAAUGGACGAUGAAGCCUCGGAAAUCGAUGCCGCCGAUAAUAACUCUGUCAAUAAGGACGACACCGCGGAGACUUCUGCCACCGGGUCGGAGGAGUCGGCUCUCCUCUCUAUCCUGGCGUCCUCGUCCUUCGACUUCUCAUCCAAACAGCCGGAUUUCAAAGAAGACGUGGGAUACGUCGGCAAUGCAUAUGUAGAUGGACAAGACAACCUCGAGAGCGAGGAGACGACUGUGCAUGCCGCUGCGUUGAGUGUGGGUUCCAUCAUGGACUUCGACGAGGCAGAGGCUCUUCAUGCCCCUGCUGCUCCGCUCUCUGUAGCUGAAAACAUCACGAGCCUUUGUCCGUGGAUCGACGAGACAGCGGCGUGGGACGCGUUCAUGGCCGCCACCUUCAAGUGUCUGCUAACCACCCGAUACGGCACCGGACGACUUCCAGCGCACCUCAGAAAAAAGGCGGGACUUCGAAGGACGAGAGAAUCGGACGAUGAUCAAUUCGUAGUGAAAAUAUCUGCGCAAUUGGCUAAGGAGCUCGGAAUAUGCGAGGUCGAGGACGCUACUGGAGCUGUCUGCAUCCAGUUGGACGAGGGGAAUACUGUCGAGAGCGACGAUAUGGUAGGAAGUCGUCCUUUCUUGCUGAACCAGGAGUACCGUGCGUGCUUCGAGGCCAUGCAACGAGCUGCGAAAGCGCGUGAAAAAGCCGUCGGCUGGGCCGCCAAGAGCCAGGCAUGGGGCAUAAUCAUGGCUCUUGACGAGGUCAGUAUUGUCAUCCGCGAGAAGCAGGAGGGGCUGAGGCGAACGUGUGUCGAGGCGAGGCGACGUGAGACUAUGCCCGUGCCUCCAUGCUAG